UGUCGAGUGGGCGGGGAGAAUUCGAUUAGAGCACCAUCUAUCGUACGUCUUCGAAACGACGCUCCGUACUACAUCCCUUUCGUCAGCCACUUCAAAAAAACGAAUACAGUAUCUGCAAAUAUAAGGAAUAGGACAGAAUAUUCCUAGAUCCUAAAUAGAUUUGUUUGAAAAUGGCAACCGAAGAUGUUAGUUUCGAAGAGCAGUUUCGGAAUUUUGCCAAAUUCGGUGAUGCAAAAAGUACCGGCGAGACAAUAACUCUGAGUAACAGCGACAAAUGGUUCAAACAAUCGAAAGUUAUCGACGGCAAAACUAUCACCACUACAGACACCGGAAUUUACUUCAAGCAGAUUUCCAAGGCGAAGAAGGCUUUGAAUCUGAACGAAUAUAACCAAUUUCUGGAGACGGUGGCUAAAAAUAAAAAAUUGUCUUUGGACGAGAUGAAAGAAAAAUUGACCAGCUGCGGCCUUCCCGGAACCAGUAGGACCACGGCUUCGGCCAGAGGGGGUGCAGUGGGAAGACUGACCGACCAUACAAAAUUCACGGGAACUCACAAACAAAGAUUUGACGAAACUGGUCGAGGAAAGGGACGCGAAGGAAGAGAAGACGUUCAAAGCGAUUCAGGAUACGUUCAUGGAUACGCUGCCGAAGGAUCUUACGAUAAGACACACUAAUACAAUUUGCCUUAAUGAAUUUCAUUGAGCCGCUGUGAUUUUUUCCGAACAAUCCGAAUAGGCCUACAGCUUUAAUCUGUUUACCUAUCGCAUUGCAUUCUUGUAAUCCAAACAAAUACCGUUAUAGUAUUUAACAAGACAGAAACCUCUUAUAGAUAAACAGGGGUGGGAAAUUAAAUUAAAUUUGCUAUAUAAUUUUUCAGAAAAAUUUACAAAAGCACAAAGUUUAUGCCUAUUUAUUCGGACCAAUAUUUGCUAGAUAUAUUAUAAUACAAAGUUUGAAAUAUUUUCUCCAACAGCUUUCAUGUGAAAGAGCCUAUCAAACAAUGAAUCGAUAACGGUGAUAAGAAUUCGAUAACUUAAAAUAAACUGUCAAUAUUUAAGUUUAUGUAUAGACAGAUAAAUAUACCAACUUAUGCAAAAAUAGUAGGCAUACUAGAAAUUAUUUAUGUAUAAUAUACGGUAUGUAAUCUCUAUAUAUAUAUGUAUAUAUAAUAAUAAUAAUAUUAUAAAAAUAUAAAAUCAAAUUAUAGAUGUAUUACUAUUGUAUAUACAUAUUAUGUUAUUGGAUACAUGAAAUAUGGUCUGUAUUUGCAGUGUUUGAAUUAUAUCACUGCCAUUAUUAUAUAGGCCUUAUCUUUAUAUAAUUUCGAAUUUUUCUUAUUCGUAUAUAAGUUAAUUAUUUACUAAUUUAAUCGGGUAAAGAAUUUGUUGUUUAGAUUCACUAUUAGCUAUUACAAUAUUAACAACUGGGAUCGGUACUAAUAGAAAGCGUUAAGUUAAAGAAGAAAAAGAUGUUAAAUCUGUGUUUGUCAUAUGAAAAUUUUAUGUCGUGUUGAUUGUAAAUAACGUUAACUGUUCCAAGAAAUUUUAUCUUUAUUUGACUUGUGAUUCUAUUUUUAAACAUAUUUGUUAUCCGGAUAAUUGAAGUUAAUUAUCUCUUUUGUUCAUAGUCCAGUUUUUAUUGUUCUUUUUUUUCUAAUUUAUCCAAUUUUAUUUCAUUUUAUUUAUUUUUUUUUCUUUUUACCCUUAAUUUUUGGAUGAAAGACGAUCGUAUUUUUACAAACAAAACUGUUUUUUCUUAUAAAAUAACAAAAUAUAUUUCAUUAUUAUUAUUAUUAUUAUUUGAAAAACUAGUUUAAUUUCAAAUAUCGAGUUUUAUAUUCUGUGUAUCUUAUAAUAUACGAAUUUGGUUUGAGAAAAAUAAAAUAAAAAUCUCAA